AUGACCUUGGAACCAGACAAGGUUGAACACCAAAAUGAUCAAUCACAACGGUGUCAACAGAAAUCAUGGCAUCCAUUGAAUGGAGUGAUUAUAUUUAAAACGAGGAAGGAAAACAUUAAUAAUAAAAGAAUCAUUCCGUAUUCAACACUAUUUUUGUGUCGCUUAUUCAGUGUUUUCAUAUUAUUGAUUGUAACCGUUAAAUGUACAGUAGUUGUACGAUUAGAAAUGGAUGAGGAACGAGAAAAUGGAACACUUGUAGGACUUUUGAUUAAAUAUAUACCUAACCAUAUUAUUGCAAGACAUAAGAGCUUAUUAUUUCGACCAAUCAGUAAAGAUCAUGCUUAUUUAUUUUAUGUUCACCCAGAUGACGGUCGUAUAUAUGUGUUGAAAAGAAUUGACAGAGAAGAAUUAUGUCAAUAUAAAUAUAACACUUAUCAUCGCCUCCUAUCACCAACAAACUCCCAAAUUAGGCAAAAAUCAGAAAAAAUGUUCGAAAAUUUUACGCCAAUAUAUGACUGUCGGUUAACAUUCAGUGUGAGUUUAAUCAAGACAAUUGGAAGCACGAUUAAUAUAAUUGAAGUUAUUAGAGUCUACAUAACUGUUAAUGAUAUUGAUGAUAACAAAUGCGUUUUCACGCCGGAUUCGGAGCAGACCAUUUAUCUACCUGAGGAUCUAAAACCUGACGCUCAUAUUGGCGUACAGUUAAAUCAGCCGACUGAUUUGGAUGCUCAUCCAGACCAUACUAUCAGCUCAGGUAAACUACUGUUAUACUCACGAAAUUCAAAUAAUGGAGAAGAAAAGUUGAUUUCACAGUCACAAAUAUCAAAUUUACCUUUCAAAUUAAUCAUUUCCCCAACUGGUUCAUUGAUAAAGCCAUAUUCAUUGAGUCUUUAUUUGACAGAAAAAUUAGACUAUGAAACAAUAACUGGAUAUAAUCUGAUAGUUGAGGCAAAUAGUAAAUACGGUGCUGCGAACCAAAGUUGCUUUCUUCAGCUAAACAUAAUAAUACACGAUAAAAAUGAUCACAAACCAUUUUUUUCAACAAAUUAUUCAGAGAUUAAUAUUGCAGAGAAUUUCAGUAUCACUUUACCACUAUACACAUUUUCAGCGACAGAUUCAGACUCAAGUAAUGUGUAUAGUAAAAUCAUUUAUGAAUUAGAUAAAACAGCUCAAGAUGUAGUUAAAACAACAUUUUUUAUCAAUCCUAAUAGUGGUUCAUUAUAUUUAAAACACAAAUUAAAUUACAAAAAGUGUUCAGUGUACACGAUUCCAGUAAUUGCCCGAAAUCCUGAAGAAGAGACAGUAUGGAAUUCUAAAAGUAGUCACCACCUAUACAGUGAAGCUUCAGUAUCCUUCACUUCAAUACAUAUGAAAACAAAUAUGUACUCAACAGCGAAACUUAUUGUAAAUGUUAUUGAUAUUAAUGAUCACCCACCUGUAAUAACAUUCCAGUCACUUGAUGGUAGUUCACAUAUAAUGAUACCUGAACAUUCUAGUAAUCUACCGUUGGAUUUCGCAAUAAUCUCGGUGACUGACGAUGAUGAUGGUUUAAAUGGUGAAGUUACAUGCUCCCUCAUAGGAAACUACACUGAUCAAUUCAAGUUAACAUCAAUAAUUACAAAGAAUAACUUGGAAACAGUCUCUUUUGAUAAUGUUUGGCAGAGUAUUUCUGAUGAGAGAAAUAUAUGGUCAAAAAUGGGAGUAAUUUAUAAACUUUCGGCGACAGUCUCAUUUGAUCGUGAACAGACUAGUCAUUUCAACUUGACGGUCGAAUGCUAUGAUAAUGGUACACCACAGUUAAUAUCCAGUGAAGUAAUAUAUUUUGAAAUUGCAGAUAUUAAUGAUAACAAACCAGUAUUCAAUUCAAGUGAGGUACAUCUAGUUAUAAUGGAAGAUAGUGAUCCUUUGAGAAGACAAACAAAUUAUGAAAUCAUAAAAAUGGUGGCUACUGAUAGCGACAUUGGUAAUAACUCCUUGAUAAAGUAUUAUUUAAAAGGUGAUGAUAGGAUGACUGAACACUUUCGUAUAGAUGAAUCAACUGGAGUCAUUCGAUCGAACGGAAAUUUAGAUCGUGAAACAUCAGAUCGUUUUGAAUUUGUUGUUGUUGCACAAGACUGUGGUUUUCCUUCUUUAUCAAAUUCAGUCACCAUUCAAAUCAGUAUACGUGACUAUAAUGAUGAACAGCCGAAAUUUCAGAAACAAGUAUAUGAAUUCCACAUAAACGAAAAUAAUAGACCAGAUCAGUAUAUUGGAAGUAUCACUUGUUCCGACAGAGAUAUUGGCAGUAAUGGAUUAGUUUAUUUUGAAAUUGAAUCAAUCCAGGACACAUCACAUGUACAUCGCACUACUGAUCAUUUUAUUUUCUCAGCACCAUUGACUCAAUCUUCUUUCACAGAUGAACAUUUUAUUAAUAUGUCGUCCAAGUUAGAUUUACCUUUUGAGAUUUUGAAUUAUUUUGAUACACAAAAGAAUUUAUACCUCGUAAAGAUAUAUGCAAAAAGCAAACUUGAUAGAGAAGUGUUGUUGAAGACUUCAGCAUUGGUAAAACCAUCUACUUUUUCCUUAAGUUCCUCACUUGCACCAUUAUCGUCCUCAUCUUCUAGAAAAUUAUACAAUGAAAACUUGAAGUUACUGGAAAGGUUUGGUAAACGAGAUGAUGUUGGAUAUAGAUUCUGGAUUAUAGGUGGAGAUCAGGGUCAACCUCAACAACAUGGUCGUGCACUAGUACAUGUGAUUAUAGACGACGAAAACGAUAACAGACCUCAUUUUGUCAAACCAAAAGAGGACAAAUUUUUGAUAGAGUUAUCAUACUUGGAAAGAGUAAGAAAUCCAAUUUAUAAAUUACUUGCUAUGGAUGAUGACGCGGGGAAAAAUGGAACUGUGAGAUAUAAAAUUCAGUAUGUGACAGCUGAAUUUAGCCCAGAUGUCACAGGAAAACCUGAAAUGAAUGCUGUGCAGAAUUUCUUGUCGCCAAACAAAUUAAACUACACCCACGAAAAAGUAUCAAAGAAUUCUUUGUUUUCAUUAAAUCCACUCAGUGGAAUACUACGUCUAAAUACACAAUUUUCUCAAUCAGAUAUAAAUAAGGUAUUCACCAUAAAUAUUAAAGCCUAUGAUUUAGGCAUACCACAUUCUGAACAUUCAUACAUAUCACUUCACAUAAAAGUCGUAAAUUCGACACCUUCAGAAACCAAAACAACACUUGAUUCUUUUGUAGAUGAAGAAGAUGAAAACCGAGCAGUUGAAAAUCAAAUUAAUUUUUAUACAAAAUGGAAGAACCAUUCUCAACUAUCUAUGAACAGUUUUAUUAUUUUGUCGACAGUUACGGUGUCAUUUUUAUUGUCAGUUAUUCUUGUGUACGCAAUAGGAUAUGUUCUUAGACGUAGACGUGCGAAACAAGAUUCAAUGCAGAGUAAAUGUUUACAUUCCAUUAGACCAGUUGAACAAAAAUCAGGUGCUUUAUUCUUUGAAGAUGGAUAUCGGUAUAUCGACAUCCGACAGAAAAAAAAUAGGCUCAGGUGUGAUGACAACCGAAGCAACAUCAGUUCACCUAUGCAGAAUCAGUUAAAUGAGAUCGCGAUAGAGGAACUUUCGUCCACUAAUAUAUCAACCGCUAUUAAUUAUAAUUCACUUUCACCUAAAAUGGACAAUCUAUAUAAAAUUUGGAACAUUUCUGAUGAAUAUCGUUCACAGACUCAAACUGAAGUUUUUCCACAUCCACUUAUUGUUCGUCUUGAACCAAUUUCCGCCAGGAUGAUGGACACAAAUUUUAUACAGCCAAUAACCAUCUUGUAUCCUACUCAUUCUGAAGAACACGAUGAUCUACUUAGCAUACAUCUAAAUGCUACCUUAGUCCAGCCAACAUCUUGUCAUCAUUCAAAUUCCUCUGAUAUGACUUUAGAGAAACUGAAUUUUAAAAACAGUGAUAAAGCGAACGAUUUAUACAAGAAAGAUUUUAAAGAUUUUCAAUCACCAUACAAUAAAAAUGAAGGGACAGUACAGUUUUCAGUCGCUGAAUUUUGCUUGAAUGAACCUCAAAGUUUUGAUAUUAACAGUUUAGUGAAACCGAAAACAUCAGAAUUUCAACAUGCGUGUUUUCAUGCACAACUGGCCAAAAGAAAUAGUCUCUCAUCCGUUGAUCAAGACAGCGGAAAUGGUGAUAGCCUUGAAACGACAACAGUUUCACUAAUUCCAGUUACAAGACCGACGUGCUCAGACAAUUUUAUGAAAAUGGCAUCCACUGGAGACUUCAACAAACAGCCAGUUAAUUUAUCCUUGAUCCAUUUAUUUACUCCACUGUCUAGUGUUAAAGAAACUGACAACUAA